UUAUCAUUAAAAAAAAAUAUAGAUAGCAAAUAUUAUUUUAUCACGAAUAUAUUAUUUUAGAAAAAUUAAAAAAAAAAUCCAGCUCCGAACCAACACCCUACACAACAGCCCCCCACCCCCCUGCCCUUCCCCGGCCCUGGCCCUGGUCCUACUGCCACUUGCACCCCGCAGUCCCUCCCCUACCCCGGUGCCGCGUCCGCCACCUUUCCACUCUUCUUUUCUUUGGCAUCUCCUUCCUCUCCUCCUCCUCUAGUUGUCGAAAUCCUUGCUCGAUCUAUCGAUCGAUGGAGGAGGCGGCGCUGUCGCUCAUCGGGCUCGCCGGACUGGCGGUGAUGGGUCCAAAUCUAGCCCUCAACAUCGUCGAGAAGGGCUUUCCGAUCUCCGUCUACAACCGCACUGCCUCCAAGGUCGAAGACCGUCGGUCGUGCGACGGCGGAGGGCGGCUCCCCCUCCCCAGCCACCGCUCCCUCCGCGAUUUCAUCCUCUCCAUCGCUCGCCCUCACUCCAUCAUCAUCCUCGUCAAGGCCGGCGCCCCCGUCGACCAGACCAUCGCCACCCUCUCCCAGUUCAUGGACCUCGGUGACUCCAUCAUCGACGGCGGCAACGAGUGGUAUGAGAAUACCGAGUGCCACCUCCGUGAUGCUGCCAUCCGUGGCCUCCUCUACCUCGGCAUGGGCAUCUCUGGCAAGGAGGUUGCCGCCCCCACAAUACCUUUUCAGAACGAGGGCCUCGGGGGAGGAAGGGGGGCGGACGAGGAAGACGAUUUUGUUUUUUUAAUCUCAUUCCACUUGAAUGAGAUUUUGACUCUGUUCGGAUGA